CACGCGGUAAAGUUGCAACCAUGCUGCUUGCCACCGUUCUGGUGCUGCUGGUGCUCGGGUGUUUCAUCGCUUUGGCGAUCGUGCGUGAUUUCCAGUGGAGACGAACGGAUGCAUACCGUGCAGCAAACCUCUAUCCCGGAGCUCCGAUCCUUCCUUUGAUAGGAAACCUGUGCGAACUCCUGUUUAAAAAUGCAGUGCAAACGUUCGCUUAUGCUCGUGAAAACGCGAACCGUUAUGGUGGAUCCUACAGGCAGUGUUUCAAUGGGAAUAUCAUAUUGAACGUCACUCGUGUCCGCGAAGCCGAAAAGAUCCUGUCCAGCACGCAACACAUCCGGAAGAGUAUACUCUACGGCUUUCUACAUUCGUUGAUGGGGGAUGGGUUGCUAUGCAGCAAGGGGUCGAAAUGGCAACAUCGACGCCGCAUUCUCACCCCAGCCUUCCACUUCAACAUUCUGCCCAGAUUUCUGGCCAUCUUCCAGGAGGAAAGUGUAAAAUUGGUCCAUCAGCUUGAUAGCCUGGCCGAUGGUGUGCAAGAGAUCGUUCUGCAACCAAUCGUGACCAGCUUUGCGCUGCACACAAUAUGUGAAACGGCCAUGGGUGUGAAGCUGGAUGCGUAUGAAGAGGCAGAUGAGUACAAGAAGCGUGUGUACGAGGUCGGUGAGAUGUUGGUCCAUCGCACGAUGUCUCCGUGGCUGUACAGUGAUUGGGUAUUUCGGAUUCUCGGUUACGAAGGUGCGCUGUCGAAGGCUUUAAAACCGAUUCACCAUUUUACGAGGAGCAUUAUCCGCCAAAGGAGAACAGAAUUCCAUGCCCAACGCCAGUUAGUACAGGAUUCGGAGGAAAACAUGUACGUAUGAUCACUAAAGCGGCGUCCGAAAGAAUUUCGCAUCUUAGUUUUCUUCUGCAUUCUCCAUCCUUCUGAUAGGUACUUUGGCCGCAAGGAUCGCUACGCCAUGCUCGAUACGCUGCUAACAGCCGAGGCGAAACAGCAAAUUGAUGAGGAAGGUAUUCGCGAAGAGGUGGAUACGUUCAUGUUCGAAGGCCACGAUACGACGGCCGCGGCCAUCAUGUUCACGCUCUUGGUACUCGCGAACGAACCAGAUGUACAGGACCGGUGUUACGCCGAGCUGCGGAACUGCGAUUCUACUCUAGCUCCUCUGACGGUGCAUGACUAUCAACAGCUUCCAUACCUGGACCGUGUGCUGAAGGAAUCUUUGCGUCUCUAUCCACCGGUGGCAUUUAUAUCACGCACGAUAACCGGAGAUCUAACUAUUGAUGAAGCUACGUUUGGCCACAACACUAUCGCUCACAUCCACAUCUACGAUCUGCACCGUGAUCCGAUCCAAUUUCCCGAUCCCGAACGGUUUGAUCCGGAUCGGUUUCUACCGGAGCAUGUAGCAAAACGCAAUCCGUAUGCGUACGUACCAUUCAGUGCGGGCCCGCGGAACUGCAUUGGCCAGAAGUUUGCCCUGCUCGAGAUCAAAACGGUACUGGUGACCCUGCUCAACCACUUCCAGUUAUUGCCGGUAACGCGCCGUGAGGACGUUGUGUUCGCCGCUGAUCUAGUGCUACGCGCCAAGACCCCUUUGAUAGUGAAGUUAGUGCGUCGUGCUGCACCUCUUCGAGUAGCUCUAGUACGUUCAGCCGUUAAUCGUAGCUCCAGUAUCGAGAUGGCACCCGAGACGGAUGCAGCGUUUUCCUCCUUUACAGUGAUCGUUGGCAUAUUGCUGCUGGUGCUACUGCUUUUGCUGAUCAGGGAUGUGUUCGACAAGAGUGGAUCGACAUACGCUGCCAUGCGCCAAUUCCCAGGCCCUACUAUAUUGCCCAUAAUCGGUACGAUGUACUCCUCCCGUGGCAUGAAUCCUGCUAGUACGUUUAUCAAGUUUCGAAGCUGGGCAUCGCGGUACGGUGGUUCGUAUACCCUUUGGUUAAACAGUGCCGUGUUCACUUUGAACAUAACCCGGUGCCAAGAGGCGGAACCGAUCCUGAGUGGAACGCGUAACACCGACAAAAGCAUGCUCUAUCGCUUUCUACAUCCGCUGCUCGGUGUCGGGCUGUUGAACAGUGCGGGUGAAAAGUGGCUCCAACGGCGCCGCAUCCUUACGCCGGCCUUCCACUUCAACAUACUGAACGGAUUCUACCGAACGUUCUGCGAGGAGAGUGAAAAGCUGGCCAAUCUCAUCGAUGCACAGAUGAGCAGAGGUAUUACGGAGAUCGAGCUGCAAUCAACGAUGUCCCAGUACACACUCAACACUAUCUGUGAAACAUCGAUGGGUGUGAAGCUGGACGCGAUGCAGGGUUCAGAAGAGUAUCGCUCGGGAUUGUACAAGGUCGGUGAGCUACUCCUCAACCGCGCCGUCCGUCCAUGGCUGUAUAGCGAUUUCAUCUUUUGGAUCCUUGGAUAUACCAGCCGGUUGAAUUGUCUAAUUAAACCCCUACACCAGUUCACAAUCGCUAUCAUAGCCCAACGAAGGCAACUGUUCCGGGAUGGAAUGCUAUCUAAUGCCCAGGUCACCGAUACCAACCAGCACCAGCCAGAGGACACUAUCUAUAGUCUGUCCUCUGCCAGCGGCAAAAAACGGUACGCUAUGCUCGACACGCUCCUGGCUGCCGAAGUCCGCGGACAGAUUGACGAAGCUGGCAUACGCGAGGAAGUGGAUACGUUUACCUUCGAAGGUCACGAUACGACGGCGGCCGCACUGGUCUUCAUCUGUCUGCAGUUGGCUUGGGAGCAGGAGGUGCAGGAGCGUGUCUACCAUGAGUUAGACGCGCUUCGGCAAACAAAAUCCUACACCACCAACAGUGGACAACACUUUGAUCCUCAGGACUUUGGUUCGCUGAAGUACUUUGAUCGUGUUAUCAAGGAGUGCUUAAGGAUGUGGCCUCCUGUCACAUUUAUCUCACGUGCCGUCAGCGAAAGUGUGUCACUACCGGAUGGUCGAACGAUUCCGCGUGGUUGCAUUGCCAACUUGCACAUCUAUGAUAUACACCGCGAUCCGGAACAGUUCCCCGAUCCGGAGCGAUUCGAUCCGGACCGCUUUCUGCCGGAGCGCGUGGCUACUCGUAAUCCGUACGCUUACGUUCCGUUCAGUGCGGGUCAACGAAACUGCAUCGGACAAAAGUAUGCAAUGCUCGAGGUAAAGGCUGCCGUCGCACAUCUAGUGCUGCGGUACCGUCUCCUGCCCAUCACACAGCGCCACCAGAUACGUUUCCUCACCGAUCUGGUCCUGCGUGCCUCCAACCCGCUCAAAGUCCAAUUUGAGCGACGUCAUGCAUAGUGGCUCGUUGAUGGUUAAGGGAGGUCGUUUAACCAAUCCUCUUUCCCACUAGAGUUUGUUAACCCAUCGUAUCAGCAAAGCACGAGCGAAUACGACGUGCCUGGGACAUUCUUAUCACCAUAUUUGUACUUCCUUGCUUUAAACAUAAAUCAUUGCCUUUCUUUUGUCCGAAGGUCGCAUAAGCGGGUGGCGAAAUACUACACUUAUUCUAUUUUUAGAACCGCAAUUAUCUUGUUGGUUUUUAAAUAAAUACAUUUUUGAAUUUU